GCCUGGAACCCGAGUAGUUUUGCUACACACAUACCUUCUAACUUUGUAGAGUUCGGCAGCCGCACCUUCACUUUGCACCCCGUCGCAACCACCUCACGUGGAAAACAGUGGUCGCAUGAGGCAUGUUGUUGUCGAAUAUAAUAUAAUAUACAUUUAGGAUAUCUGUUAGUGUAGCGAAUCUUGGUAUAUGCUAGCUGUACGCUGAGAACAUAUACUAGGUUUCGUAUGUACAGGCUGGAUUUUAAACAUGGACAAAGUCGUUUUAGGGUCUAAAAAGGGGAGAGAGGCGAUGAAAAGAACAUCUCAAUCCAUGAUCGACUACGAGAAAGAAGUGUUAGAAAGGCAAAAAAACACCCAGGAAGUUACUGUUUUGGGCGAGGAAGAUGCCUCUGUAAAACUGCUUGAAGAUCUUGUUUUUGGUGCCGAAGAUGAGCUUCUGGAAAGGCUCGUGCAGGAGAGCGAUGAUAGAGGUGCCACGCUUCUGGACGACGAUUCCAGCGAAUCAGAUGUGGAGAAUGAAGCGCGGCUGCAGGUUCGGCCAACCAAGAGAGCAGUCUGGGAGGAUGAAGAUGACGAGCUUGAAGAAGAAGUGGACAUGACACACAGGUUUCGAAGAGACCUGACCAAAAGCGACGCGGAGGCUAAGAUGACCAAGCAGAAGUUGCAGCGGAGGAUGAAAGAACAGUUCCAGAAAGCAAUGGGUGGAACACCGUCCUGGGCAGAGAAAAAAACACAAAAAAAGAAUAAGAAAAAAGAAGACAGUGAUGAUGAAGACGAAGACGGGGAUGACCUGAUGACAAAGACUGGCAACUUCGUAGGCUCAUCUGACAGUCUUCCCAAAGGAAUCAUACGUAUGAAAAAGUGCCUACACGCCAACAAUGACCGGCCUUCUGAGGACAGGCUGACCACAGUUCAGUUUCACCCCUCCGCCCAGGUCGUUAUGGCUGCUGGCCUCGACCAGUCCAUCUCUCUGUUCCAGGUUGAUGGGAAGACCAACCCUAAGAUCCAGAGCAUCCUCCUGGAGAAGUUCCCGGUGCACAAGGCUCAGUUCAGUGUGGGUGGAGAGCAGGUGGUAGCCACCAGUUUCAGGAACAAGCUAUUCUACAUCUAUGACAUGAUGGAGGGGAAAGUCAUCCCCAUCAACACUGUCAGAGGUCUGAACGAACAGAGGGUGAAGGAGUUUGAAGUCUCCCCAGACGGACAAUCCCUGCUUCUAACUGGCUCCUCUGGAUACCUCCACGUGAUGACCAUGAAGACAAAAGAGGUGGUGAAAAGCAUGAAGAUCAAUGGCAACAUAACGGGAGUGGCUUGCUCCCACGACGGCAGCAGAGUCUUCACCAACUCUGAGGAGGGAGAGGUAUACGUUUGGGACGUGAGGAGCAGUAAAUGUCUGAACCGAUUCAUGGAUGACGGUUGUGUUAGUGGAACCUCAAUUGCCACUUCCCAUAACGGACAGUAUCUGGCCUGUGGGUCUGCGGCAGGUGUGGUGAACGUGUACUCCCAGGAAGAGUGUACGAGGCAGACCAACCCCAAGCCCCUGAAGGCCAUCAUGAACCUGGUGACCUCAGCCACCUCCCUCCGCUUCAACCCCACGUCUGAGAUCCUGGCGAUCGCCUCUCGGUCCAGCGAUGAGGCUGCCCGAAUGGUCCACAUUCCCAGUUUCACUGUGUUCUCCAACUUCCCCAUGUUCCAGAGAAAAACCAUAUACCGGGCCCAGUGUCUGGACUUCUCCCCGAACAGUGGCUUCUUCUCCCUUGCUAACAACAAGGGCCACGCCCCCCUCUUCAGGUUGUUGCAUUACAAAGAUUUUUGAAGAGGAAUGUCACUGACUGGAAAUACAUUAGGAUCAUCAAAGCGCCAAAUGACUGUCAUCUUCGGUAAUACUUUUUAGUGUUUAAAGAAGUUCCAGUAAGGAGUCGGUUAUGGUUAUUACAUCAAUGAAAGCAUCACUGCAAGAAAACAUGUUUUUAUUUUAUUUUCUACAUACAUGUUUCAAUUUAACUGAUUGUUUGCUUUUGUGAAAAUGUACUUAAACAUAUGCUUUUCAGAAUGCACAUUGAAAGUGUUUGUACAAUGGAUAAAAUACAAUUAAUUUCA